AUGGAAGAAACUCCUGAAGAAAGCGUCCAACAACAAGUCCAAGCAGCAGGAGAAGGCGCUCUAAUGUCCAGCGGCGAUCCUGAAGGUAACGAUAAAAACUCGGCCGCGCUCAGUUUAGUGUCGGCCACUGCAAAUGGCGCGCAUGAUAAUCACACGAGGGAACAAUUGAGUGACGAAGAAGAAGACGAACCCCCUGCUCUGGCCAACGGUGGCGGCUAUUGGAGGCAGGGGGCUGCCUCGAGGCCUCACAGUCCUCCUAUGGCAGAUAAUGCCAGCGAUGCCUCUUCCAUGCAACCUCCACCACCUCGACCCAAAAGUCGUGCUGAGAUGACUACUAGCAGAUACUCAAACCUUGGCUAUUGGAAAGCGCGCAGAGUACUCUUCUACAAAAAUGGAGAUCCUUUUUUUCCUGGAGUCGAAUUUCGUUUUAAACCUGGCAGAGAUAUCGUCAGCUUGGAAUCUCUUCUAGAUAAGCUUUCUCUUCGUAUGGACUUACCUAGAGGAGCAAGAUAUGUUUUUUCAAUGGAUGGCGACAGAAAAUACAGACUUGAUGAAUUAGAAGACGGCGCGUCCUAUGUGGUAUCGUCUUACAAAACUUUUAAGGUAAGUGCUUGCCUUUUCCGCAUAAGUUCGUUAUUUGCUAACUAG